AUGCCAAUUAAAUACGUUGAGAUGGCAGUAGAACCAGUGGUGGCAGCGUGUAGAGGAGAAAGGAACGUGAGUGCCAAGGUAGUUGGACGGAUGGUCGGACAAGAAGGCUGGUUACUUUAUAUCUAUCUAUCCUUCUUUCUCAGUCCCUUUCAAUCUAUCUAUCUAUCUAUCUAUCUAUCUGUCUUCUAUUCAUAUCUAUCUAUCUAUCUAUCUAUCUAUCUAUCUAUCUAUCUAUCUCAGUCUAUUCCUAUCUCUCAGUCUGUUCAUAUCUACCUAUAUCAGUUUAUUCACAUUCAUCUAAUUAUCUAUGUAUAUAUCUAUCCCUCUAUCUGUCUAUCACAAUCCAUUCACAUCCAUGUAAUUAUCUAUCUAUCUAUCUAUCUAUCUAUCUAUCUAUCUAUCUAUCUAUCUAUCUGUGUUUGUCUAUCACAGUCUGUUGACAUUCAUCUAAUUAUCUAUGUGUAUAUCUAUCUUUGUUAUAUUCAUAUCUUUCUACGUAAGAUUCGUCUGUUCAUAUCUAUCUAUCUUUUUGUUCCGUUCGUAUCUAUCUUACAUCUUUUUAUUCGCAUCUAUCUAUCAAUCUCUAUCUUAUCUCUGUUCGUAUCCAUCUAUUUAACUAUCUAUCUUGCUUUUUAUAUUCACAUCUAUCUAUCUAUCUAUCUAUCUAUCUUUGGUUUGUUCAUAUCUAUCUAUAUUUCCGCAGGUGGACACCGACCAAUUCUGUCCGUCCGUUCGUUCGUUCGUUCGUCCACCAAACUAUCUCACCAUCAUCCCUUUUCCAUACCCGCCAACCAACCCUGGUUUAUUUCUGCGCCACCACCGCCACCACCGCCGCCGCCACCACAGUCAUCGCCUUCAACAGAAACACUUGCAUCAGUUAUUCCACGCGAAUGUUUUACCAGCCAGUUUCACCUCUCUCUCUCUCUCUCUCUCUCUCUCUCUCUCUCUCUCUCUCUCUCUCAUAGUCCAUAA